GGCCGUGGUGGCUUCCAGAACAGAGACAUGGGCCCGCCCGCGACGAUUCUUGAGAUGGGCAAGUUCAUGCACGCUUGUGAAGGCGAGAUGAUCUGCGAGAGCAUCAACCCCAAGGUCCCUCACUUCAACGCCCAGAUCUUCCUCGAGAACAAGACUGCCGUUGGCAAGGUCGACGAAGUCCUCGGACCCAUCAACCAGGUUUACUUCACCAUCAAGCCCUCCGAGGGUAUCCAAGCCACUUCCUUCAAGGAGGGCGACAAGUUCUACAUCGGAUCCGAGAAGCUCCUGCCGUUGGAGAAGUUCCUGCCUAAGCCGAAGCCUCCCCCAGGUGCGCCCAAGGUCAAGCGUGCCGGCCGUGGUGGCCCGGCAAGAGGUGGUCGUGGCGGCCCCCGUGGUGGCUUUGGUGGCCGCGGAGGUGCUCCCAGAGGCCGCGGCGGCAGUGGUUUCGGUGGUCGUGGAGGCGGUCGCGGCGGCGGCGGCUUCGGUGGUGGCCGUGGUGCGCCGAGAGGAGGUGGUGGCUUCGGCGGCGGCCGUGGUCGGGGUGGUUUCAGCAGAGGAGGCCGGUAG